AAGGUCGAAGAAUGAGUCUACCUUUCUUCAUUUUUUUCAUUUUACAUUUCAAUAAUUGUGGAAGCGGAAAGUGGUUAGAGUGAUUAAUCAUUUUUAAUUUUGAAAAAAGAGAAGAAGUUAUCCGUAAAUCGAAAGAAAUGAAGGAGGAUUGAAUGAGAGAGGAAGGAGCAAGCAGCAACCUAAAGCAAAAGCCACCACCACCACCAUCUCCAACCUGCUCCUCCAUCCCCUUCAAAAACCAAAUCCCCAACCUCAAUAACUCAUUAGCCACCAACAACAACCUUCUAUCACUUCAAUCCUCCCUUUGAUUUGAAUCCGCGUGACUUUCACAGUGUGUGUGCCACACGCGCGCGCUUACAUAUACACACAGAAUGAAGCUCUCGGCGUUGCAGCAGAGCUACCUCAACCGCCGGAGCAACAGCUUCAGAGGAUCCGCGCAGCUCGAUUCCGCUGCUGAUGGCUCAGUAAAGUCGCCGGCGGCGGUCUUCUGGCUCGUACUCCACGGCGUAUGCUGCCUUAUCAGCCUCGUCCUUGGCUUCCGCUUCUCCCGUCUCGUCUUCUUCUUUAUCUUCUCCACUUCCGCCCGCCGACAGCGUCCCUGGGACAUGACGGCGGUCGUGGCGAGCUCCACCAGCAGGGUGGUGGUCGGGCGGCACGGGAUCCGAAUCCGGCCGUGGCCGCAUCCGGAUCCCGUGGAAGUAAUGAAGGCUCACCAGAUACUUGAGCGGGUCCAGAGGGAGCAGAGGGCGCUGUUCGGCGUGAAGAACCCUAGGACGGUGAUCGCGGUCACCCCGACCUACGCCAGAACCUUCCAGAAGCUUCACCUGACCGGCGUUAUGCACUCUCUGAUGCUGGUGCCGUACGAUCUGGUUUGGAUCGUGGUGGAGGCUGGUGGCGUCACCAACGAAACUGCUUCCAUCAUUGCUAAAUCGGGACUCAGAACUAUCCACGUUGGGUUUAGGCAAACAAUGCCGAAUUCUUGGGAGGGAAGACACAAAUUGGAGUCUCGUAUGCGUCUUCAUGCUUUGGGGAUUGUGAGGGAACAGAAGCUGGAUGGCGUGGUGAUGUUUGCUGAUGAUAGUAAUAUGCAUAGUAUGGAGCUAUUUGAUGAAAUCCAAAAUGUGAAGUGGAUUGGUGCUGUUUCGGUUGGGAUACUUCUUCAUUCUACUGACUCUUCAGCUACGAUUCAAAGAGAGGGCGAGGAGGAAUCCACCCCAAUGCCCGUGCAAGGUCCUGCUUGUAAUGCUACCAAUAAGUUAGUUGGGUGGCACACCUUCAAUUCAUUGCGAUAUGCAGGAAGAAGUGCAGUUUAUAUUGAUGACCGAGCACCUGUACUGCCCAGGAAGCUAGAGUGGUCUGGAUUUGUGUUGAAUUCCAGAUUGGUAUGGAAGGAUGUUGAUGACAAGCCAGAGUGGGUUAAGGAUCUUGAUGAGUUGGACGGGGCUGGAGAGGAGGUAGAGAGUCCAUUGUCCUUGCUCAAGACCACUUCCAUGGUAGAACCACUUGGGAAUUGUGGCCGCCAAGUUUUGCUCUGGUGGUUGCGGGUUGAAGCUCGCUCAGACAGCAAAUUCCCUGCUCAAUGGAUAAUUGACCCUCCUCUGGACAUCACUGUCCCCUCGAAGCGAACUCCAUGGCCAGAUGCCCCUCCUGAGCUCCCAUCUAAUGAGAAAAUGUCAGAUGGCGCUCAAACACAAGACCAGCAGAUAAACAAGCAUUCUACAAAAACGAAAACACCAAGAACAAGGCGCAGUAGAACUAAGAGAAGGCACGACACCAAAGUGAUAGGUGUGCAAGCAUCUACGCUUUCUGUUUCUGAACAACAAAACUGAUAUGUUAAUAAGAGUACAUUUGAGGAAUUUUCUGGCCUGUGGAUAAAGAAGAGAAGAGAAUAGAAUGCUGGUCUUUCAGAAACAAGAAUGAAACUGAAUUCAACCAAACGGAGAAGCCAAUGUCCUAUAAUGGACAAUGGAUACAUACAUCGGCCUUGUAACUUUUAUGGUGGACCAGCAUCUGUGCAUUCCGGUCUGAUUUCACCCAAUUUUUUUUCUUUCAAAGUGAUUUUUUCUUUUCUUUUUUGUUUCCUUAUUUUUGUUGAGGGUGCUAUAUAUUCCGUUCGCAUGAAUUAGUUUUGCAGCAGUUGCUGUCUUGCAGGAAGCCUGUAUUCAAAUUUUAUUCCAUGUUAAUACAUAUUCUUCUCAAUAGGAUUA